AUGGGUGAUGAGGAGUUCAGUACUGCCGAUGCCGGCGCCGCUAACGGUACUCCUAUCCAAUGUGGUGGCAUUAAAAAAGGUGCCUUUGUGAUCAUGAAGGACAGACCAUGCAAAAUUGUUGAUGUUUCAGCGUCAAAAACUGGUAAACAUGGUUCGGCGAAGAUCAACUACGUCGGAAUUGACAUUUUUACCGGUAAACGUAUGGAGGAGUGCCGUCCUUCCGGCCACACGGUGUACUCACCCAAUGUUACCAGAACUGAGUGCCAGUUGGUUUCCAUUGAGCCCGAUGGGUACUUAGAGCUUUUGCUCGCCGAUAAUACCACUCGCUCGGAUAUCCCUGGCGGUGACAUGCUGGAUACUCUUAAAGAGAAAUUCGAUAACCUCAACGACAACGAAGACUUAUUGGUUACGUACAUCUCUGCCAUGGGUCAGGAGAAGGUUGUUGAAUGUCGAAUUAACACAAACAAAUAA